AUGGAUGCUAAUUGUGAGCAAAGAGUUAGCAGUAAGUUCUGUGUUAAGCUCAGGAAAACCCCUAGUGAAACGUGGAACAUAAUUAAGAAAGCAUAUGCAAGCGAGGCACUUUCAAAAAGUCGUGGUUUUGAGUGGCAUAAAAGGUUUCGUGAAAGCAGAGAUUCAGUACAAGAUGACCCCAGAGCUGGUCGUCCGUCUGUAGCACAUACCGAUAUAAACGUGGAGCGUGUAAGGCAGUUAUUGCAAGAAAACCGUCCUGUAACUGUGCGUAUAAUAUCAGAAGAAUUGAAUUUGAAUCUUGAUGUGUGUCAUAAAAUUUCACGCUAA